AUGCUUAUCUCCAAACAACACCGACGAACUAUCUACGAGAACCUCUUCAAGGAAGGUGUCUUGGUUGCUCCCAAGGACUACAACCGAGCCACUCACCCCAACAUUGCGGACGUUUCCAACCUCGAGGUGAUCAAGCUCAUGCAGUCCCUCACCUCCAAGGGAUACGUCAAGACUCAGUUCUCUUGGCAAUGGUACUACUACUCGCUCACCGAUGAGGGUCUCGCCUACCUCCGAGAGUACCUUCACCUCCCCAGCGAGAUCGUCCCUCAGACUCACAUGAAACCCGCUCGACCUGCUGGCCGACCUGGUCUCGGAGGACGACCCGGUGGAGAUGGUGCUUACCGUGCCCCUCGUGGAGACCGAGAAUACCGACGACGAGACGACGCCGGCGGUGAGGACAAGGAGGGACCUGGUGCUGGAUACAGGCCCCGAUUCGGUGGUGUUGGCCGUGGUGCUCCCGCUUCUUAG